AGACUCCGACCGCGGACAGAACGCGAUGGGAUGGCGCGGGCUGCUGCCCUACCUGCGGCUCAGUGGGGCGGGCCGGGUCCCGCUCCGCCCCGGCGCCCCGCGGGGCCGGGCACGGCCGGGAGGCGGAACGCAGGUGGCGGCUCCUGGCCGGGACAGGCCCCGGGCCGGGCUGCCGGCAGCCCCGGGACAGCAGGGCGGUCCCGAGCCGGCAGCGGCCCCACGGAGUGUAGGGGCAGGACGGUCCCCUCAGGCCCAGCAUGUUGCGACAGGCACAGCAUAAUAAAAAUACUCUUCACUUUCAUGGAAGACCCAGAAGCCACAUGAUGACACAAAAUUUGAACAGAUAAAUUCUCUCUGGCACGAAUAGUCUUGGAGUUACACCUUGUGGGUAUGUGCUCACAGAUCACCACCCGUGAUUUAGAAAUGUGGACUGUUAAAAUACCAUCUUAAACUGAAAAUGUAAAAGCUGUAUUCAAAUGAAUAAACCAGAGGAGACAGCUUUUCAGUCCUUUGUGAAGAACUAGUGUCUUUCUUGACAGAAGUCAAGAUAUUUUCCUUGUUGAAGUCAGAUUCAAGACUCUGAUUCCAUUUGAAUCUAAGGGAUAUUUUAAAAUUAUUAUUUAUUUUCCUACACUUAUUCUUGUUAAUGUCUAUCUGCAAAUGUAAAUUGUGUUUUAACA